AUAAAAAAACAUUGGGAACCAAAUGUCAUUUUCUUCACUUGUACCUUUUCCCCUACCUUUUCUAAUUCUGUCUACUUUUUUUCUUCUCCAAGUCCAAUUUAUGAUGAUGAAAGCCCAGGUCCUAAUUAAUCAGUUAAUUAUUUAAUUAUAUUAACAGUGGAAGAACCCCCACAAGCAAAGUUUCCUUUUUUAGUUUAUAUACCGUGUGUGAACGCUUUUUCCCUUACCUUUCCCUCUCAACUAGAUUAUUCUUUUCUUUUAUCCUUAUUUCAUUGGCUUUGAUUUUCAAUAUAACUAGAACAAUUUUUUUUAAUUUAAUUUUCUUUUAUUAACUGAAAAGUUGAGAGAAGCUAUCCCAAAACCCAGUCACCUUCUUAUAUUUGUUCACAAAGUUGAAUUUGGUAUUAACUUAGCUAUAAGGAAGGGAUUGCAUUGAUUCACCCUCCAAGUUGGACUUUAAGGUGCUUUAGCUUUGAGUUCUCUCUUGUACUACAUAAUUGAGGCUUAGCUUUUUCCCAUGAUGGAUUCUGCAUUUUUCCUUUUUGGGUGCUUUUGAAGCCUACGUUAUUGAUGGGACUUGUUUUUACUAAAUGGGCAUGUGCAUUCUUACUAUGCUGUUGUCUCAUCACUUCUGGGGUAUAUUCAGUGGAGGGGUUGCAUGGAGGUUCUAAAGUGAGAGGAGUGAACUUAGGAGGGUGGCUGGUCAUCGAAGGUUGGAUCAAGCCUUCACUUUUUGAUGGCAUUGCCAAUGGAGACAUGCUUGAUGGGACAGAAGUGCAAUUUAAGUCAGUGACAUUGCACAAGUAUGUAUCCGCUGAGAAUGGGGGAGGAAUGAAUGUGACAGUUGACAGGGAUGUCCCAUCUUCAUGGGAAACCUUCAGGUUAUGGAGAGCAUCUGAAUCAGAAUUUCAAUUUCGUACCUCCGAAGGCCAAUUUCUUACAUGUGAUGGUGGGGGCUGCUCUGUCUCUGCAACAGCAAAAUCUCCUUCGACAUCAGAGACAUAUGGAAUUGAGCGGAAUGGAAAAAAUAGGAUUCACCUCAAGAUAAAGGGAGGGGCAUAUCUUCAGGCUACAACCAAUGGUCAGCUUACAGCAGACUACCCAGGUGCACCAGGAUGGGAUGAUAAUGCUGCCACGUUUGAAAUGACAAUUGUAUCUAAUAAAUUGCAUGGAGAUUACCAGCUAGCAAACGCAUAUGGGCAUGGUCGGGCAAAAGACAUUCUCAGGAGACAUAGAAAUAGCUUUAUCACCAUAGAAGAUUUCAAAUUUCUAUAUAAACAUGGAAUAAAUACUGUGAGGAUACCAGUUGGGUGGUGGAUUGCUUAUGAUCCUGAUCCUCCGAGUCCAUUUAUUGGAGGAAGUCUUGAAGCUCUAGAUAAUGCAUUUUCAUGGGCACAGGAAUAUGAUAUUAAAUGCAUAAUUGACCUUCAUGCUGCUCCUGGUUCCCAAAAUGGGAUGGAGCAUAGUGCAAGCAGAGAUGGAUUUACAGGCUGGCCAACUUCUCCUGAUUAUAUUUCCGACUCAUUAUAUGUUAUUGAAUUUUUAGUUUCUAGAUAUGCAAGAAAUCCUGCUUUGCUGGGAAUUGAGCUAUUGAAUGAACCAUCUGCUGCCACAGUUUCAUUAGAUGUUUUAAUUUCAUAUUACAAGCAAGGCUACCAAAUUGUUCGAAAAUAUUCAUCAUCAGCUUAUGUGAUAAUCUGCCAGAGAAUUGGUGUUGCCGAUCCUAUGGAACUUUAUCAAGCCAACAUAGGAUCUCACAACUUAGUUUUGGAUUUGCAUUUCUACAAUCUCUUCGACACAUUUUUCAAUAAUAUGAGUGCUAUGGAUAAUAUUCAAUACAUAUACAAAAGCCGGGAAGGUCAACUGCAGGCCUUAAACAAUUCAAAUGGCCCACUUAUUUUAGUUGGAGAAUGGGUGAAUGAGUGGAAUGUAACAAACGGAUCCCAAAAAGAUUAUCAAGACUUUGCAAGAGCACAGCUAGACGUCUAUAAUGCAGCUUCCUUUGGAUGGUGCUAUUGGACACUAAAAAAUGAUGAGAAGCACUGGGAUUUUGAAUGGAGCAUUAGGAACAACUAUCUUCAAUUAGGUAACUCACCCAGCAAACGGAGCUUGAACAUUCUAGGAUUGUUAGGAUUAGCAUGCACCUGGUUUUGUCUACUUCCAUUUUUGUGACAGCUUUUACCAGGACUGGAAGCAUAUUUUAUGCAGCCAUUUCUUGAUUUCUUUUUAUUUUGUCAUCCUGUUCAUGUUGUUGGAAAUUGCAGAAUGCAAUAAUGUGAAAUAUACAGAAUUUCUGCGCAA